ACAUGCAAUAAGUGAAUUUUGCAAACCCUGCGAAUUUCCUCGUUUUUGUAAACAAUUAAAAUAAUAUACGAUUUGUUAGUACAGUUUAAGACAGCUUAAAACAGGGUUUUAAUAGAGAAAACUUCAAAUAAUUUAGACUUCUGCGAAAGUGUGCUCAAAUGGCGUGCAAAAACUGUUUGGUCAUCCUCAGCUUGUUUGCACUUUGUAGCAUUUCUGUUGCAUUAAAAUUGAACUACCCGCGUGUGUUGCUACCAAUAUUUAACAAAAUAUCAGUAAAUUUUACUUUGGAAGUCAUUGAAAAAGGAUGUUUUAAGUGGUCAUCAUCCCGCCAAGAUCUAAUACUUGUCACACCACUCUAUGAAGAUGUGGAAAGCGAGUGCUCCUACCGUGCAACAGUGACUGUAUUAACACGUGAAGCUCAUCACAAUGCUGCCAUUGUGUUGGCCGAGGACGUCACCACUGGUGAAAAUUUGCGUUGCGAUGUUAUACUUGAUGUUAUUGACAAAUUAGGUGUACAUACAACAACACGACAGCUCUUUCUAGAGGAAGCGCCGGAGACCUUUGAGCUGCGUGCGGAAGAUUCGCAAGGCAAUGAAUUCACCACACUAGAAGGUAUUGAGUUUAGUUGGGUGAUCUCUUCUUUGAGCAGCCGUGGGGGUAAUAAAAAUUGGGCGCCGGCUUUGCGAUUCCUUACCUUCAAUGAAAGUCCUUAUCACGUGGUGCCUCCGGCAUUGGAAAAGUUUGAGGCACAGCGAUUAAAAGGUUAUAUGGUGUUGUUAGAGGGCAUCAACACAGGCACCGCUAAGGUUACUAUUAGUAUUCCUUAUCCUGAGUAUAGUCAUGUGCCAAAAAUAGAGGUGUUUAUAAACGUUUUGGCCAAUAUCAUACUAGAACCUUCAGAUGUGCAUUUGCUGCCUGGUGAUACAAUCAACUUCCGCAUAUUGCAAUUGAAAAUGGGCAAACUACAGGAAAUUUCUCUGAAUGACCAAUACUUCUUAGAAAUCGAAGAUAGUAAAGUCGCAUCAAUAAGCGGUAAUAGCGCUAACGCCUUAAAACUUGGUAAAACCGUGGUAGUUUUGCGCGACCGAAAUGCACCGUUUGACGAAGAAAAUAGUCAUCUAGAUAGCGCGCUUGUAAAAGCUUCAACGCCCAGCGCGCGAGUGACCGUGGCUGAGCCUGUGCGUUUGGGUCUGAGCCUGUUGCCACACAAUAAUUGGAUUACGGUAGAGGGCGAAAAGCAUGAAAUAGCAUUGGAUUUAUACACACGUGAUGAUCACAAGAUUACACUAGGCUCACGUUUCUCCAUGCAAUCGGAGUUAGAUGAGGUGCUCUUCUAUAUACUAUCAAAAAACAAAAAUGGUAGUCGCAUAUACGGCGAAGCUAUGCGGGAGGGCGUUUCACCAGUUUAUGGUUAUUUCAAAGAACUCACAGCACAAGCUGAGUUGCAAAUUUUUAGUGAAUUAUUACUUUCCCCGAACAAAGUUAUACUUCCUUUCGAUCCUAACGUUGUAAAGACACAAAAAAUUCAAUUUCAUGCUCGGGGUGGUGAUGGAUCAUUUACUUGGCACUCGCAAAAUCAACGAAGUCUACAUAUUUCACAGACUGGACUCGUAAGCACAGUUAUACGGCAUUCGGAAAGCAAGCGCUCUCAAGGGGAUAUAUUUGAAGAAGGUGCAAUACUCACCACUCAUGCUACCAUUAGAGUGGCACUUACAAAGAAUCCCAAAAUUACUCGCCAGGCAGAUAUAUAUUUCUUGCCACCUAAUAAAUUGGAAAUUAUAAAACAUAACUUUGAAACAGCUUUGAAAGAUUAUGUACGUCUACAUGUCGCAAUAUAUGCCUACGUCAAUGAAACACUUGUGCCAUUCACACGUUGCGAAAAUCUUGUGUUUGAUUAUGAGUUUUCUAAUCAGAUCUUCCAAGUGGAUUAUAAUGAACCAACAACUCAAAUGCAGAAUAAUGCAUGCCAAGUAGUGCAUCUACGCAGCACUGCUGUAGGUCUUACUAAUUUGCGCAUCUCCUAUAAAUUCCAAGACAAAGUGCUUAAAGACGAGGUGACAUUAAGCGUAUUUGAACCACUGUUAGUUCUAAAUCCCACCGAGAAUGAAGUGAUAUUGCCUAUAGGUUCCUCGCGCAAUAUCAUUUACGCAAAUGGUCCACAGAAAAUGUUCACCUUGGAAAGCGAUUUAACAAAAUCAUUGGCAUACGACGGAGCCAUUGCUGAGAUCAGCGAAUCAGCGGUUGGGUCACAGGAACCCAUGCACGUCUUCAAUGUCAUGUGUCGUAAAAUUGGCAAAACUACUUUCACAUUCAAUAUUCACAAUGCUUUGUUGACCUCCAACUUCCAACCCUACAUUUCCACUGUUAGCACCACAGUUCAUUGCGUUAAACCACGUUUCCUCAAUCUUUAUGCAACAGAACAGUUGCGGUCCUCUUGCCCAAUGGAGGUGAAGAAUUCAUUGUUGCACAUUAAAGAGCGUGAUGACAAAUUUGAAAUCGAAAUUGAGGUACAGGAUUCAAAGAAUCGCAAGCUGAUGAAUAUUACUUCGCUGUUUAUUGACUGGGAAUUCACUGCUGGCGACGAGCGCUAUCAAAACGAUGCCAUCAUGCACUUUCGACGCACUGAAGAAGAGAUUUUCGAGGGCGUGAGGUUACCUUCGCGUGAUGUGCUCAUAACCACCAUAGCAGAUGUGGCACAGAAUUUCCGUAUUAAGGGUGUAGUGACGCGCUAUGAUGGAACGGUGCUGAAAAAACACGACAUUUACGCAGAAGAACCAAAUUUUGGUGUAAAGAAUCCCAAAACCGGUGAAGUGCACACCCCUGUCAUUGAGAAUGAAAUUCGUUUUAUGGCUGUUAAUAGCACACUGUUCCCUAGUGACCACGUCAGCAUUUUUUUGGCUAAAAAUCGUCGUGAACGCAUACAAAUUUCUCAGGGCAGUGGCUUCUAUGAAUUCGAAUUAUAUGAACAAAACGUUGUAAGCGUUGAAUAUGAUGCCAAAGAAAAGGAAUUGGUGAUCACUCCGCUGCGCGUGGGACAUGUAAGUGAAUUUAUUUUAAGUGUUUGUAUAGAAAGUUCCGGAUAUUUAAGGUGUGUGCCUGAUCUCUCACCCAUGGUGUUGGGCACGUUGGAGAACAUGCGUGUGACUUGGACAACAAAUCAACAGGAUGUGGUAGACAUUUACAAUGUAUUUGCGGAUUCUGGUGUUGAAUAUGACAGUCUAGAUCUCACAUCUGUGCGUAUAAAGGCUUUAAAUCCCGGCAAGGUUAAAAUUCAAGCCACUGUGGAACUAUCAACCGGUCAAAAAAUAUCAAACUCUGUCGAAGUUGUUGUAUUCAAAAUUUUGGAACUUGAGUCGCCCAAGCACAUCACGAUGGAUUGGAUUUUAGUCGCGCCCCGUAGCACUAUACAGCUGAAAGCUAACUUGGAUGAUGUUGUCUAUAAAUUGGAUAGCGAUAGCAGCGGCAUAGUCAAGGUUUCUACUGAUGGUGUUGUGCGCACGCAGGAUACGCUAGGACGCGAUUUGAUUAUUAAUCCCGGAAAUGGCAAAGAAGUGGUCAUAUCCGCUGACACAGUCGAAGUGCAUGUUGUACCUUUUGUGAAUAUACAAGUGAAGACACCUUUAGUGCGCAUACGUAGCGGUGCAGUAAUGCCGGCUGCUGUUUGGGGUGUGCCUGAUCUCUCACCCAUGGUGUUGGGCACGUUGGAGAACAUGCGUGUGACUUGGACAACAAAUCAACAGGAUGUGGUAGACAUUUACAAUGUAUUUGCGGAUUCUGGUGUUGAAUAUGACAGUCUAGAUCUCACAUCUGUGCGUAUAAAGGCUUUAAAUCCCGGCAAGGUUAAAAUUCAAGCCACUGUAGAACUAUCAACCGGUCAAAAAAUAACAAACUCUGUCGAAGUUGUUGUAUUCAAAAUUUUGGAACUUGAGUCGCCCAAGCACAUCACGAUGGAUUGGAUUUUAGUCGCGCCCCGUAGCACUAUACAGCUGAAAGCUAACUUGGAUGAUGUUGCCUAUAAAUUGGAUAGCGAUAGCAGCGGCAUAGUCAAGGUUUCUACUGAUGGUGUUGUGCGCACGCAGGAUACGCUAGGACGCGAUUUGAUUAUUGCCAAAACUUUCGAGCAGUCACUUCCAAUUGGCAUUGAAGUGAAAAAUAUACAAUAUAUUUUGACAUCGUUAGCAUAUCCCACGUCGCGUCUAAAGCAGACGGAAGCAAAAAUACCACGUGGCAUGAAUUUCGUACUGAAAAUUUCGCUGCAUGAUAAUUUAGGCAAUGAGUUUUCACAUAAUAUUGAUGAUGUAAAUGGACUGAAGUACGAUUUGUCGCGCAAGGAUAUUGUGGAUGUGCAAAUUGGGAAUAACCUAACAAUUGGGAUAAAUCUGCCGCGUGAAGCAAACAACAUGAUUGCCAUCAGCUUAAGAGAUACGACUGGAGUUAAAUACGCUGAGGAUUACAUCAAGCUGUCAGUGGCAGAAUCGCCAAACACCUUCCCGACUAAGACAAUUUUCUCUGUGGGCGAUAUCAUUUGCUUCGAUUCACCGCUAACAUUGUCGUCAGUUUGGAGCAGUUCGGACGAGCAAAUUAUUGCAAUUGACAAGUUUACAGGAGUAGCGCAAGUGCUGGGCAAUCGCUUGAAAUUGGGCGAAAAAAUUGUAGUUACCAACGGCGAUAAAGCAAGUGGCAGUUCCAUAAAAUACGAUGUCGAAGUUCGUGAUGCGGAUGUGAUUCAAUUAUUGAAAUCUUUCGAUAUAUUUAGCGGUUCAACGUAUCGAGGACAUUUGGUUGUGCGCAAUCAUUUGCAAGUGGAUAAGUUUACCAACUUGCUCGCCAGAAAUAUUUCGAAAUGUUCAAGUGCCCUUGAACGCAUACCCGCGGUGAAGCUAUUCAAGUGUCGCCUAACAUCGAAGAAGUCCUUGGGCCAACAGCUACUCGAACAUUAUGUGGUAACGCCCAUUUUUGAGGCCGACACCGGACGCUAUGCGUGUCAGAUUGAACUGUCGUCGGAUUUCAAUGAAGUGCUUAGCCUUGUGAAGACUAAUGAUGUCCACUUCGAUUUGGAGGCUCAGCUGCCAAAUGGUUUAUCGGAUGUUAUGUCAUUGAAAUUUGUGCCGGGCGUGCGUGUUACACCGGAAACGCUGGAGACGACUGAAUUGAAAGAACAAGAUUUAACAAUCACCGGACUGGACAAAGUGCUGCAGAAGGUGGAGGUAAAAGCAUCUGAUGCCAAAUAUUUGCAAGUCAUACAACAAGUAAAAGCGCACGGCUCCUUGCAAUACAAGGUUAAGAUACUGCAUGAACUGCCAACGGAUGAGCAAUUAUUUGUGCAUGUCCAUUCACCAACAACACAACAAGACAUUGAGAUACCCAUACUCGGCGCUAAUACUUUGCUGCAAACUUGCUCCACACAACCGUUCAGCGAUUCAUCAUCGUUUUUCGUGAAGGUUAUAUCGAAUAUUGGUCUCAUCGUCACGGCGCUGGUCGUGCUGGCAUUCACUGUUUGGCUGUAUGUGUUCCUCAGCCCGCAACAGAGCAAAACGGAAAUCAACGCUGACGGUGACGUCGCGACAACACUUUUGGAGCUGGAGAGAACAUCCAUCUUGCUGGUUUCGGCCUACAUGCCCUACGACUCGGAGCACCCUCCUCAAUCAACAGUGCAGAACUUUGAGGUAUUUUUCGUUGCAUACGCCGAUUACAGUGCAAUCGCAUUGAUGGAAAAGUUUCCGCAAACGCUAUGUGAGCUACUGCAGCGAACGCUUCGAGGUGUAUCCAAGUUGUCCACCCGCUGUGGCCUAAGCGUCAGCUCAAGCAAAAUGGACCUCGUCUUCUUUACGAGAAGUUACAAAAGGACUUCGACAACAUUAUUUAAACGCUUUCGAUUUUUCAUUGCAGGUCAACGCACGAGUCCCAUUAGCCCAAGUGGUUUAUCGUCUGGAAUUGAUACACAAGUUUAUGGCGAUUCGAUAUUGAUGUCACCGCAGCAACGCGUAAAUCGUCGAUAUUUAUAGAUGACUAGUAUUUAAUUUAUUUUGAAUAUGCGCAACUCAUUUGGCGCAAUUUAUUUUAUAACUAAUAUUCGUUGGAGUCAAAUUUUGUUGUGUAUGUUUUUUUUUUAUGAUUUUGUAUUAUAUUUGUUUCUAUGUAAGCAUUAUUUGCAGUGGCAUGCUGUUAGGCGCGUGUCCGGUUUUCGUUUGAGAAGAUUUUUAUUAUUUUUUGUUUAAUUAUUUGACAUUUAAUUUUGCCGACUAAUUUUUGAUGUGAAAUAUUAUUUUUCUGUUUUUUAAUUUAUUAUUUUCUUAGUAAAUGUUAGGAAUAGCAUUAUGACGUCAUAUCAUCAAAUGGCAAAGCCCAUCGUAUAGUCUUAUAAAUAAAAACGCUAUUAGCUGAUUGUCAAAAAAUCGCUCCCUAGGCAAAAGGGCUACGCUACUUAUAGCACUGUACGUUGGUCUAAGCUUGAGCGAAUUCAUAUAAGGUGGUGUAGUUAAACAGCUGAUUUGCUUUGCCAUGGCACACAAAUGUCAAAAUUUUAUAUUUCGCCUUAGUGAGUAUAUGAGAUUAUUUGUAUUUUCUAUUCCUUCUCUUUCUUCAGAGAUGAAUAGUUGAAAUUUGACAUUUGUGUACCAAAAGCAAAAUCAAAAUGUUUUUAUGUCUAUGUUUGUGUUUAUUACCUUAUAUGAAUUCGCCGUGAUUUAACUCAUAGAAAGGGCCAAUAUUUCCUUUAUUUUAUACGUAGAAUUUGGUGUAAAGGGAAUCUAAACCUUUCAAAAUUUAUAAAUUUCUAUUCAUGUUUAGUCAAAAAAUAAAUUUGUAAUUAAACUAUUAGUAUGUAUGUAUGUAUUAUAUGUUAGUAAUGGUAACUUAAAAUAAGGUAUGAACUAUGUCUUUAAAUAUAAGUAUGUAGUAAAUUAGGUUAAUAUUAUUGACUUGAAGAAAAUGUUUAGUUUUGCUUAUAUCCUAAUUUGUUCAACGUUCUUU